CGUUUGUUUUGUAGGAAUUAAAGCCUCCUCUUUCUCGCUCUCUUUCUUUUUGUUAGGUCAGGAAAUUAUUUGUAUGCGAUCCACAUGAGCAUAGGAGCAGAGCCUGAGAGAUGACUGUGUGCUAGAAGUUCUUGUCUCCUGAUGAUGUGUUAUAGGACACAAAACUCCUUUUAAAGGAUGGCUAUCCGAGAGCUGAAAGUUUGCCUUCUGGGGGACACAGGAGUUGGGAAAUCCAGCAUAGUUUGUAGAUUUGUCCAAGACCAUUUUGAUCAUAACAUCAGCCCUACUAUUGGCGCUUCAUUUAUGACUAAAACAGUUCCUUGUGGGAAUGAGCUGCAUAAAUUUUUGAUAUGGGACACUGCUGGUCAGGAACGAUUCCAUUCUUUGGCACCAAUGUACUAUAGAGGCUCGGCAGCCGCUGUUAUUGUAUAUGACAUAACAAAGCAGGACUCAUUCCAUACACUGAAGAAAUGGGUAAAAGAACUGAAAGAACAUGGUCCUGAAAACAUUGUUAUGGCCAUUGCCGGAAAUAAAUGUGAUCUCUCAGACAUCAGGGAGGUAUCAAUGAAAGAUGCCAAGGAAUAUGCUGAGUCUAUUGGAGCAAUUGUUGUUGAAACUAGUGCAAAGAAUGCCAUCAACGUUGAAGAACUCUUCCAAGGCAUAAGUCGGAGAAUCCCACCACUGGAUCCACAUCAGAAUGGCUCGAAUGGAGCAGUGAAACUUGGUAGACAAUCCUCACAGCCCACAAACAGAUGCUGCUGAUCUAUCUCCAUGCAAUGAGAAAUCUAGCAUAGUUGUUCAUAGCACUCAAGAUGCUCAGUAUACAGUAUGACCAUUAAAUGGCAAGCAGAUGUAAUAUGUUCAUGGUAAAAGUAUGCUUAGUCCCAGUUCACAGUAUUUUAUUUUAGCCAAAAGCAGGAGUGGAGCCUACAUGAAGAAGUAGAAUUGAAGGCUUUAUAAUUCUCUUCUUUGAAUCCAUUCACACAUAGAGAUAUACACAUACAUGACAGAUUUGUAGUAGAAAUGCCUGCGCCUGUCCAUUCAUCAGGAUGGAGUUUGCAGAUAUCCAUGCAGAAACAACCCCAUUUACAUGUAUGGAACAGAUUUUUUAGUUGUAGAUACGCUGCUGUGGAAUUUCCACAUGCAAAAAACAAAAAUCAUUUGCUGCAGUCCCAUGUGCAAAUGGUCUUAAAGGCGUUGUGCAUAUUUAAUUUUUUUUUAUUUUUGGCAAUCUUCCCCUCCUGGGCAGACUUGCAAAGGGAAGCAUAUUUACUUGCUUCCUGAUGCUGGCUCCCGGCUCCUGUGCUCUCCAGCCUCUGCUGCUGUGCUCAGGUCCCCAGUUUGACGCAGCUGCAGUCAAUUUCUGGCUUCAGUGGUGAGCUGCUAGCAUUACGUCAUGAUAAAUGGUCACGUGGCUCAAGAGAAGCGGGUCACUGCUUUGGCCAGCGAUUGGCUGCAGCAUCGUCAAAUCGGAAGUGUUCAUCCAGGGACCCGAGCGGAGAUGAGGCCAGUGAGCGCAGGUGCCAGCAUUGGGAAGUAGGUAAGUAUGCAUCCCUUUGUAGGUUUGCCCAGGAGUAGGGGAAAAAAAAAAAGUGCACAACCCCUUUAAACUACAUACAAAAAUGUAUCAAAAGGCAAGAUGUAAAUUGCUCAUUGGAUGUAACAUUAUUGCAUCUUCUGUUUCCAGACCAUUUUUCUAUCCCAGACUAAACAAAUGCUGUAACUACAUAACGUUAGGGUUUAUUUUUUUACACUUUAGUUCUUAAUUCAGGUUAAAAUUUUAAUUGUUAAACAAAAUAAACAUAACAACAAUGAUACUCACAGUGAAAGACCCAACUACUUUAUAAUCUGUAUAUUAGUGUAAAACCUCUGCUGAGAUUGAAAUAAGUAACCUCGGGUUAAGGCCUCAUGCACACAGGCGUUGCCGGCUGUGGCUGUAUUGCGGCCCACAAACAGCGGGUCCGCCAAUAUGCGGGCAACGGCCGUGUGCUCACUGCAUCAUGGAUGGGUUUGCAAUCCGGAGGUGCGGUGCGGAAGGGAGGCACUCCAUAGUGCUUCUGUGGGGUUCCUCUCCGUACCU